AUGUCGCUGGAGGGAGACGAGUGGGUCGCAAACCGCAGGUUCUGCAUCCAGGCGCUCAGAGAUAUCGGCUUCGCGAAGCCCACCAUACAGAACGACAUUCUGGACGAGUGUCAUCGCCUCAUUGAGCGCAUAUCGGAAUCGGACGGGCGUCCGAUCGCCAUCGAAGAGCUGAUGCUGCCCAGCGUUUCCAACAACGCCGUCGCGCCCGUCUUUGGAGAGAGUUACCCCUUCGACCACCCGAAGCGCAAGUGGCUAGACGAGACGCUGCGGAACCUCGCUGUGGCCCUCAACACGACCCGCCGAAUGACGCCCUUGGGCUUCCUCAAGGGCCCAUUCCUGAACACGCUCGCGUUCCCCGGAAGACAGAACAUCGAGAAGCACUUUCGCGCUUUGGGAGACUUUACAAGAAAUGAGAUCAAUGCUCGGAAACAUUCCAUUAAUAAAUCACCGUCCAAGACGCUCAUCGACGCAUACCUGACGAAGAUGGAAGAACGGAAGAGUGAUCCGGAAUCUAAGUUCAGUGUGGAGAACCUGAUGAGCACCGCCAUCGGCUUCUUCCAGGCCGGAUCGGCGGGCGUCCCAAUGUACAUGCACUGGCACAUGAUCAAUUUCGCCCUGCGAGCCGACACGCUACAGGCGCAGGUGCAGGCCGAGAUCGAUCACGUGGUCGGUUCGCUCAGGCGCCCCACGUGGGAAGAUAGGCGCAAGAUGCCGCUCACCAUGGCCGUCGUGUGGGAGAUGCUGCGUUGGAAGGCCAUGACGCCGCUCAGCGCACCUAGGAGGGCCCAGGUGGAUUUCACCUGCGAUGGUUUCUUCUACCCUGCCGGAAUCACGGUGAUGGCAAAUUACUGGGCCGUUCACAACGAUCCCUGCGUGUGGCCUAAUCCGGAGAAAUUUGACCCGAGUCGCUUCAUGAACGACGACGGUUCAGCGACUUGCGAGCGGCCUAAGCGCCUUCUCUCAUUUUCGUUGGGAAAGCGCAAAUGUCCAGCGGAGACGCAAGCCAUCAUGGUGAUAUUCCUUUACAUCGCUUCCAUACUUCAACGCUUCCGAGUGCUUCCCGAAGAAGGAGUCACUAUUGACCUUGGCGAUGCAAACGAUCGCCUUCCCAGCAAGAAUAAGUACCGGCUCCGAUUCAUUCCCAGGAAAAAGUAACGCACCGCGACAGAAAAAAAAAAUAAGCCAGGUCUAUCCAUCUGGUGCUCCUGAAUGGUUGUGCAGCACCGUUCCACGUUGCCGGCAAAUUUCACACGCCCUUAUAAGCAGUCGCGUGCGUUUACUGAUAUUAAACAAGCUUGUGUGACUUA